CCAAUAAUUGCAUAUUGGAUUGGAAAUUGAUCUUCCACUUGAGGAGGCUUCACGAAGGCAAAGCCAGCACGUGAAGCCUCCAGCCGGGACGACCAUGGAGCCAUCACCUACUCCUACCAGCUCAUACCAUCUCAGAAAAUGACAUGCCUUUAAGAUGGUUUCUACAAAAUUCGUUUUAGCCUUACUUGUUUCACUUGCUUUCACAACCCUUGCUCAAAAAUGCGAAAGGAUUAAAAUUGGAAAUGAAUACUACAAACGACAAUUAAUUGCUGCCAUAGAUGGCUAUCCAACCGGUAUAGUUGUUGACCCAAGAACUGAAAACAUAUUCUUCUUACUUCAUAAAAGGAACUAUACUAAAGGCAUUCAUAUUUUACGGCACGGCUCUUUAGGUAUCAAGGAAAUACCAGUUUCUGAUGAUUACAUUGGACAAUGUGUUGGAGUGGAUGCAGCCAAUAAUAUCAUCUAUGUAGGAACGAAUCAAGGUCUUGUGACUUACGAUUAUUCAAGAACCGAUAUACUAGUAGAAAGACCAAUAGGAGAUGAUGAUAUCCGUAAUAUAUUUAUCGAUAAAACAAACAACCAAAUGUACAUCACUACAGGUCCAAACCAUGAUAUUUUCACAUUCGUAAACGGUUCGGCUGCUGUUAAGAGAUACGAUAAAAUCCCAAAAGCAUACAAUUUUAUUUUGGAUACUAAAGGAAACGCUUUCUACGAAUACGUAGAUGGUAGACUGUAUUUCUUUUCAGUUGAUUUAUAUGAACCAAUUCAAUAUAAGGGUUUUUCAAGAGAACUAAAGUAUAUUCUGAAAUUGAACAACCGUGAGGAAGCUAUAGUUGCUGUGAAAGGGUCUUUGUUCAGGCUAUUCACGAAGAGUGUUCUGCCAGUUAAAAUUGGACAGUUGGGCUUCAAGAUAACAGGGAUGGCAUUUGAUCAUAGGAAUAAUAUUAUUUUUGGUACAAGAGGUAAAAUUUAUAAAUAUAAACCUAUUGAUACAAAUGACCCUUGCCCGCCCGAUGACUAUUUUAUGACAAGCAUUUGA